CGCGCCGCGCUGGCCGGGCGGUGCCCGCGGGUCCCGCGGUCGUAUGAGCCGCGCGCGGGGGGCGCUCUGCCGGGCCUGCCUCGCGCUGGCCGCGGCCCUGGCCGCGCUGCUGCUGCUGCCGCUGCCGCUCCCCCGCGCGUCCGCGCCCGCGGCGGCCCCGACACGGGCCCGGGCCCCGGGCCCUGACUCGCGCGCGCCCCCUGCCCGGCCCGCCGCGGCCCCCCGACUGCGGCCCGACGACAUCUUCAUCGCGGUCAAGACCACCCGAAAGAACCACGGGCCGCGCCUGGGGCUGCUGCUGCGCACCUGGAUCUCCCGGGCCCGACAGCAGACAUUCAUCUUUACUGAUGGGGACGACCCCGAGUUGCAGCUCCAGGGUGGCAGCCACGUUGUCAACACCAACUGCUCAGCCGUGCACACCCGCCAGGCUCUGUGCUGCAAGAUGGCAGUGGAAUAUGACAAGUUCAUCGAGUCUGGACGCAAGUGGUUCUGCCACGUGGAUGACGACAACUACGUGAACCCCGACGGCCUGCUGCACCUGCUGUCCAGCUUCUCGCCCAGCCAAGACGUCUACCUGGGGCGGCCCAGCCUGGACCACCCCAUUGAGGCUACCGAGAGGGUCCAGGGAGGUGGAACCGUGACCUCGGUCAAGUUCUGGUUCGCUACUGGGGGGGCCGGGUUCUGCCUGAGCAGAGGCCUUGCCCUCAAGAUGAGCCCCUGGGCCAGCCUGGGCAGCUUCAUGAGCACAGCUGAGCGGGUGCGGCUGCCAGACGACUGCACCGUGGGCUACAUCGUGGAGGGGCUGCUGGGCGCGCGCCUGCUGCGCAGCCCCCUCUUCCACUCCCACCUGGAGAACCUCCCGAGGCUGCCGCCCGACACCCUGCUCCAGCAGGUCACUUUGAGCUACGGGGGCCCUGAGAACCCGCACAACGUGGUGAACGUGGCCGGGGGCUUCAGCCUGCAGCAGGACCCCACGCGGUUUCAGUCCGUCCACUGCCUCCUCUAUCCGGACACGGACUGGUGUCCCGGGCAGAAGCAGAGCGACCUCGCCCCGCGGUGACCCUCGGCCCCUGGCCCAGAGGCGGUUCCGGCUCUGCCCCGCGGUGCAGGCGCAGGGCGAGGCCUCCGCGGGAGCAGGCUGCCCCCUCCUGGGCUCGGUUGGCUCCUCCAGGCGGCUGUGGACACGGCCUCCCCCAGGCGGGUUAGGGGCACCUGUGGAUACUCAGGCCGGCCGGCGGGCCCUGGAGACCCGGUGCUACGGAGAGGACCGCAGCGCUGUGCUCCUGCCCGGGGGCCCAGCCCCAGUUCUCACCGGAAAGGGCUUCCAGGGCGGCGGCCUGCGCCCCUUACCUGCAGGAAAGGGGCCUCCAGGCCCGAGUGGCGCCUGAGGUGCUGCCGCCGUGCAGAGGUGUCUGCAGAGCCUCCUCCGGGGCCCCCCGGAAGCCACCCUCCCACCGUAGGCUUGGCGCUGGCGGGCCGGCUCCAGCCCGAUGCAGAGGUGCCGUCGUGCGGGCCCCGGGCGGAGGCGUCCUCGCGGAGGGGCUUCGAAGACACCGUCAUCCACGCUGGCUCGUCGCUCCGUCCUCGUCCUCCCGCCUCAGGCCCCACGUCCACAAAACAGAAGGAGCCUUGGGUCUGGGGCUCCCGCUGCAGGGAGACAGCCCCGCCCGCCCGCCCUGGCCUUGACGGGGGUGGGGGGGGGACGAGGGGCCCGCACCUCCUCCUGGUCUCCCGCUCUGUGCCCGCAGCCGCUGAAUAAAGGCCCGCUCGCUCCCUA